AUGGGUGUUCAUGGACUCUGGGAGAUUGUCGGCCCCACAGCGCGUCCUGUGCGACUCGAGGCGAUGGCAAAGAAACGGCUUGCUGUUGACGCCUCGAUUUGGAUCUACCAGUUCCUCAAGGCUGUGAGAGAUGUGCAGGGCAAUCAACUGAUCAACUCCCAUAUAGUUGGGUUUUUCCGCCGAAUAUGCAAGCUUCUCUACUUCGGAAUCAAGCCUGUGUUUGUUUUUGAUGGUGGCGCGCCGCUUUUGAAGAAACAGACCAUCAGCAAGAGACGAGAGAAAAGAGAAGGCAGCAAAGAAACCGCAGAGCAGGUUGCGCGCAGACUGCUGGCAAAACAGCUUCAGAAUCGGGCCGAGGGGAAGCCUGAUGCGCCCAAAAAGCCCAAAUCCAAGGCCAAGACCAAAGAAGUGCCUAUUGACCAACUACAGUUUACUGAGUUUUACGAAGACACUAAUUAUUUUGACACCAGGGACAAAAAGCAGGAACAGACACUUGAGAAACCGACGCCCAAGAAAGAGAAUGAAAAUCGCAUAUUCCGCAGGCAAGACGAGUACGAUCUCCCACACAUUGACAGCUUCAAAGUAGACAAGAAUGACCAGCGAGUGAUCACAGAUUAUGAGUACGACCGACUUACUUCUGAUCUUCAAGACGAGCUUGGAGGCAUUGAUCUCGACACCAUCGACCCAAAAUCCGAGGAGUUUGCCCGUCUUCCACUUUCUACUCAGUAUAUAGUUCUUUCUCACUUGCGACUGCGUUCGCGUUUGAGAAUGGGCUACACAAAACAGCAACUGGAGACAUUAUUCCCGAAUAGCAUGGAUUUUUCUAAAUUUCAAAUUCAGAUGGUGCAGAAGCGCAAUUUUCUCACUCAAAAGCUGAUGAAUGUGGCGGGAAUGGACGAGAAGGAGGCCAAGUCGCGGCGUAUUGCUAGCGAUCGUGAUCGUAUUUACGAGCUCCAGAGGAACGAAAAUGGGUAUACUUUGUCGAUCAAAGAUGAUGGCCAUAGUGCAGAGAAACCCAUUGAUCUAAACAGCGAUGGGGAGCAGGACGAAGACGAAGAUGAUGAAGAGUGGGAGGAUGUUAUAGAGCCUGUCAAGCCGGUCUCUCCGAUGGGGACUGCUGCAUCUGAGCCGAUGUUUGUUGGCGAGGUAGAGAGCUCAGAAAAUAACGAGGACACUACCAUGGCGAUGAUCCAGUCGCUGUACGAAUACGCGAAUAACAACAAGAAGAACUUGCAGAAAGCCGCGGAAAUGAGCGAGGAGGAGCAAUUGCGACAGGCCGUUGAACGAUCAAAACAGGAUUAUUAUAAUAUGAUGGAACAGGAGCAGCAAAAUGACGCGCCUUUUGACUACGGGGCUCCUCCACCGUUAAUAUUAACCAAGGAAUCGCUUGGGUCGAAUAUAGGUAAGGUCACUGAGUCAAAGCCUGUGUCUGUGCCUAAAUUUGAUUUUAAAAGCAGUAUACUCUCUGCUAGCAAAACGGAGGAGCCCAAGAGCGUACAGCCAAAGCAAGAGCCAAAGCCAAAGAACGAUAAAAAGAAAGCAGAAGAAACUCCUGUCUGGUUUCAGACUCGAGUUUCGGAGAACGCGUAUCACGAGACGGGAAGCCACGAAAAGACUGAGGUAGAUAAAACUGAGGACGAAAAAGCCGGACUGUUCGAUUACGCUGAUCUGGAACCGUACCUGGAGGAAGAUGAAAGUGAGGAUUAUGAGGAUGUUGAAGAACACGAAGCUCAUGAGCCUGAGAUCAUAGAGCUAGAUCCUGAGCCACAACCGGAGCCAGAGAAAACAAACCAGGCCCAUGACACGCUGGAGCGUGUUACUGUGAGUGACCAGCCAGAGCUGAAGCACAAUUCCUCAGAUGACCCCGAUGGCCAAGAGGCUAUAGAAGCUAUACCGACUCCGGUAGGUCAGCAGGCCAAGAGGGAAACCAAACAUUCUGAGGAGAAUAUGCAACAGGAAGUCCCCAAAAUGCCAGAACCUUUGGACUACGUUUUUUCGGACGCCGAGGAAGAGGAGCUCGAGCACAACCUUGAGGAUGAGGAAGCUGCGUACGAGAAAUUUGUGGAUCAAGUCGGUACCAAAAAGCCAUCAUCGUCUUCCAGUUUCUGGUCAAUGGACGACGAAGUGCAACUUCAAGAGAGUAUGAAGAAACAAAAACGAGAUGCAGACGAGGUGACCGUCAGAAUGAUUCUGGAUAUCCAAGACAUGCUCUCCCGGUUUGGCCUCCCGUACAUAACCGCGCCGAUGGAGGCAGAAGCCCAAUGCGCUGAGCUUCUUCGUCUGGGAUUGGUGGACGGCAUUAUCACAGACGAUUCGGACUGUUUCCUUUUUGGGGGUGACCGCGUGUACAAAAACAUGUUCAACGAGAAGAAUUUCGUUGAAUGUUACCAAAUGGAGGACCUGGAGCGCGAUCUAGGCCUGGAUAGAAGGAUGUUGAUUGACUUAGCUCUAUUAUUAGGAAGCGAUUAUACGGAAGGUAUUAAGGGUGUUGGAAAGGUUGCAGCAAUGGAGAUUCUUGCUGAGUUUGGAACACUGGAAAGUUUUAAACACUGGUGGCUCGACUAUCAAAAUGGUAUUAUUGAUGAGUCCAAGGAAACAACGGUCAAGCGCAAGUUGCGCAAGUCGUUGAAGAAAACUGAUCUAUAUCUGACUCCCGAGUUUCCGGACAAACGUGUUAUUGAAGCAUAUCUGCAUCCGGAGGUUGACCACGAUAAGUCUGAGUUCCAAUGGGGCUACCCCAACCUCGACAAGCUGCGCACUUUCCUGAUGUACAAUGUUGGAUGGGGUAAGGAGAAAGUGGACACCAUCUUGCUGCCAAUUAUCCAGAACAUGAACAAGCCGCAGACAAGCAUUGAGGAAUUUUUCCCUGUUGAGAUGAUAAGGCGCCGCCGUGAUCUGGAAAUGGGGCAGCGAUUAAAAAAUGCCACAUCGAAAUUAAGAAAUGCUGAUAAGAAUUCUGCAGAGACAGAGGAGCAGCCUUCCAAGCGACGUAGGCAGCAGAAGGAACACGAUCAGGACCACAAGCUUGGCUCAUAG